AUGUCGAAGUAUCUUCGACUCGACUCGUCUCGAUUUUCAGUGAAUCUAGUAUAUGUGCCUAAGUUUCCAGACUCUUUCCAGGCCAAAUACGAACAGUUAGUCGGCAAGACAGCAACAACAGAUGUUCUGCGCUACUGCAAACACGAACUCAUCCAUCUUGUUUGGAGCCUCCUGCUCAACAACCCCAGGUUUGUUGACGUCUACCUGAAUGGAAUGUUAGAACAUUGUGCAGACAGAAUCUUGAGGCUAUUGUUUCCUCGUUUAUUCACUCAUUCAGCUGAUUACAUUGAAAAGGUGCUUCUCGCUAGUAUCAAGUUCCUAUCAGAGCGUCUCUGCAUGUUCUGUCUGAUCAAGAAGGAACACAUUGAGGAGCUGGGCACCCUAGCGAACAAGCGACGGAUGGAAAGAACACGCCAGGAUACACCAGUGUGGAGGAAGCGCAUCGAAACCAUCUGGAGGUCAAUAUAUGAGAAAGGGACAUCAUUUAGCAGCAAGUCGGUUACGAGACGACUAGCAGGGACAUCUGAACAUCCAGACAGGAAUGCCUUUUCAGAGUCGCUCCACCAGACAGGGAACAACUUUUACAAUCUUUUUGUUGCAGAUUUAAUGCACAAAAUCACAGGCAUCAUAGAAAGUAUAUUCAAGCAUUUGAAUCGGAUUAUUUACCAAGAAGACAAAUUGAACACGGAAAUACUCAAUAAAAGAUUCCGUAGUGUCCCGGCUUUCGACAGCAGAACGAUUCGCCUGUUCAUCAACAAUGUUACAGAGAUGCGGAAAUUCGCAUGUAGAGACUUUGAAGACUUGAUACAGUGUGCUAUUCCCUGUUAUGAAGGGCUUCUACCACCAGACCACAACGACAUUGUCCUGGAUCUGCUCUGGGAUCUGAACGUUGUCAUUGCCUAUGCCUCCCUCCAUCUACACAGUGACUCUACAUUGGCCUCACUCAACACCAUGGUUACAGAGCUGGGUAAUUUGAUGCGUAGAUUUGUUAAUGAUACCUGCACUGCCUACGUAACUACAGAGAUUCCUGAAGAAGCAGAGAAACGAAGACAUUCAGCUGCCAGGGCCAGAAAGAAAAAGAAUAAGCAGCCGAAGAAGAAGCGGAAGCGAGACGAAGAGGAAGAAGAACUCCUUUCAAAGGAGUUUAAUAUGAGUACAUUCAAGAUUCAUAACCUUGAACACUAUGUCCACUUCAUCAAGAAUGUUGGGAGUUUUGAUGGUGUCUCAACAAGACCAGGAGAAUGA